AUGGCUGCUCCAACCUCCCUACUGCCGGGUGGCAUUGCUGUUGUCACGGGUGCUGCGUCGGGCAUCGGCCGUGACACAGCUUUGGCUCUAGCACAAGCCGGCGUCGAAGGCCUCGUUCUGGCCGAUUUGGAACCCGCCGACGCUGUCGUCGAAGAGAGCCGCACGUUCGCGACCCAUGCCAAUCUACGCGCCAUUUCUGUACAGACCGAUGUAGCCGACGAAUCAAGCGUCGAUUCUUUAGUGGAGUUGGCAGUGAAGGAAUUCGGUCGCAUUGAUUACUGCGUUCACUCCGCGGGGAUGGGAAACAUCUCCGGCGCCACGACCGAACAUGUAAAGCCCAAUAUCUUCGACCAGACGCUGUCGAUAAACGCACGAGGCACGAUGCUCAUUCUGCGCGCCGUCUCUGCAGCCAUGGCGAAGCAGGAACCGCGCGAGCACAAAAACCUCCGAGCAGAAGGCACAAGGAGUCUCGGGCGCGGAUCAAUCGUGGUGGUAGGCUCGAUUAAUUCAAUCAUGGCGGCCCCGGGGAUGCUAUCCUACUGCGCAUCAAAGUGGGCGGUGCUUGGAAUGGCUAAAACAGCUGCAAUGGAUAAUAUUCCUCACCACAUCCGCGUCAAUACUGUAUGCCCGGCGUGGACCCAGACACCCAUGAUGGAGCGCAGCUUGAAGCGUGUGCCGCAACUAGGGGCGAUGGUCCAGGCUCUGAGUCCUUUGAAGAGAGGCGCUUUCCCGGAAGAAGUGUCUGAUGCAAUUGUGUUCCUGUGUAGCCCCGGUGCUAGCUACAUUAACGGGACGGUUAUAACGGUGGAUGCAGGUGCUACGGUCACAACUCCCAAGGCAGGACUGUGA